AACAAAAAAUUGGUUCCGAUCAAUUAGUAGGGAAGUGAAGUCAGUCCCUGGGACCGAUAGUUGUUCAAACACCACGGGUUGAAAACACGGAAUAAAAAAAAAAGUAGGGAUAAAAUAUAGUUAUCAAGGUAUAGUGUGGAGAGUUCAGAAGUCAGUUAUUGGGAUCGCCGCGUAUGCGGAAUGACUUUUUCGACCGAGUAGGUCAUCUAUUUCAUAUUAUGUUAUCUAUGCAUAGAUAGUUUGAAUGGAAAAUGUGUUAUGUGCACAGAUAUAAUAUACUAUAAUACAGUAGUAUAUAUCUGUGGUUAUGAGUCGUGCAACCAACCUAUAUAGUAGGUACCUGUAGGUAAAAAAUAAAUCAACAUUUUUCCUUUUAUUAAUCGUACUGAUAUUAUUAUAUUACUGACUACGUUUUUGAAUUUUUACAUAAAAAAUGUUGCCAAGCAUGUUUUUUUGUACAAUUGCGUGUGCUGCAAUCACCAUCGCAAGAGCGUCGAACAUUUUAGUGUUUAUGCCGAUGCCUUUUAAAAGUCAUGUUCGCGGAUUUCAACCGUUGUUCGAAGAGCUGUCACGUAGGGGGCACAACGUAACCGUAGUCAGUUCGUACCCUCAAAAUCGUCAGAUUGCCAACUACACGGAUAUAGGACCAUUUAUUUCCAAAAAUCAUGAAAGAAAUGUUAUGGAAAUGGUGAACAUGAAUUUUGUGACGUCGGCUUUGUCGGUAUGGGAGGUAGGCGUAAAAUUCAGCAAAAUCUUGACACAUAAAGCAAUGGUAGACUUCCUCCAAACGAAUUCUGUCUCGUUCGAUUUAGUUAUAAUAGAAACGUGUUGUCAAGAAUAUACUGUGGCCUUGGGCCAUAAAUUCAAUGCACCUGUUAUUAAUCUGGUGCCGACCAUGCUCUGGAGCUCUAUUAGCAAAUGGAUACACGUACCUUCCACGUUCUCGUACAUACCAAACGUUCUUUUGGAAAUAACAAGUGAUAUGAGUUUCACGCAACGUUUAAAAAACACCAUUACUGGAGUGUUGCAGUUGUAUAUAGAAAAUUACUUAUAUUUGCCUAAAAUGAAAGAAGUGAUGGAUACACAUUUCAUAUACAAAGGGUGGGAAUCCAGGCCUUCACUUGAAGAUAUGUUGAAUAAUGUGUCCUUAACACUAGUCAACUCUCAUCAUGCGGUCGGUGUAUCAAGACCAUAUCUCCCAGGUGUUAUUGAUGUAGGUGGUAUGCAUAUCAAAGAGUCCAAUUCCCUGUCUGAGGAUCUUCAAACUUUUAUAGAAUCGGCAGAGCACGGAGUUAUUUAUUUCAGUUUUGGUUCGCUGAUUAACUUAAAUCACUUACCCAAAGAAAAAUUGAAUGUUUUUUUUGGCACUAUUGAAAAAUUAAAACAAAAAGUAAUACUAAAAUGGAUACCAGAUGGUAGUAUAAAAUUAUCUCAAAACGUUCUGACUGGUUCAUGGUUUCCUCAAAGUGAUAUUUUAGCUCAUCCAAAUGUCAGACUUUUCAUAACUCACGGAGGAUUACAUAGUUUAGAGGAAACCGUUUAUUACGCAAAACCUGUUGUUGCUGUACCAUUUUUUGGUGAUCAGCAUUUAAACAUGAAAUUAGUAGAAACUAAAGGCUACGGUAAAGUAGUAGAUUAUUUUGAAAUUACUGAAGAAUCAUUUGGAAAUGCCAUCAAAGAAGUAUUAUCGGAUCCAACGUUUAAAAAGAAUGUAGAAAUCCAGAGUCGUGUCUAUAGAGAUCAACCGAUGAAACCUUUACAACGAGCUGUCUACUGGGUUGAAUAUGUUAUUCGGAAUGGAGGAGCUGGACAUCUAAAAAGUGACUCUGUGGAAUUAAAUGAUAUGCAGUACUUUUUGUUUGACAUAGUAUUUAUUUUACUGAUACUAAUUGUAUGUAUAGUUUGGUCAUGUUAUUUAAUUGUUGUGAGAAAUGCAUCUAAACUACUUUAAAAUAUUACGUUGUACCAUUGAUAAUAAAUACUAGUAUUUAUAAUCAAUGGUUGUACAUAAUUAUUUUAAACCUCAAUCACUUAAGCCUUGUAUAUUAUUAUUAUUAUCAUUAUUCAUUAUAUUGAUAUACAAAUAUACAAUAUACAUAUAAUAUUAUAUAUUAUUAUAUUCGCAA